AUGCUUCUCCUCUUCGAGUGUGCGGCUGGUUAUGCCGUAUUCAAAGUUAACAAUGAAAAGAAACUACAAGAAGUUAAGGAUUUAGCAAAGGAAUUCGAGAACACUGAGUUUAUGAACCAGAUGAUUCAACUAGAAAAGUUUGUCGGGUUUGAGGAUACUAAGGAGGCCCUUUUAGCUGCUGCGGAUACCAUCGAAGGCAAAAUCUCUAAGAAACUGAAGAGGCUUCUAAAAAAGCUGUACGUUAAGGAGAUACGCGAUGAUGUCUUAGCCGUGGCGGAUAAAAAGCUUUCUCAGGAAAUAGCAAGUAAAAUGAGUGUUUCUACGCUUGCUGAUUCAUCGGUGCAAAAUCUUAUGCGUGCAGUUCGUGCUCAUAUGGAGUCGCUUAUUCCAGCAAUUGACGAGUCAGAUCUCAUGCGAAUGAGACUUGGUUUGGCUCACAGUCUCGAUCGCUACAAACUUAAAUGCAAUCCUGACAAGAUUGAUACCAUGAUUGUCCAAGCAAUCGGUCUUCUUGAUGAGUUGGACAAGGAAUCGAACAACUACGUCAUGCGAUGCAAGGAGAUGUAUGGUUGGCACUUCCCUGAAUUGGCCAAGAUCGUGACAAAUAACAUGACUUAUGUGCAGCUUGUUAAACGUAUUGGUAUCCGAGAGAACGCAGCCAAAAUGGAUCUGACUGAUCUCAUCCCCGACGAACUUAUUGCACAAGUUAGAGACGCUGCCAUUGUCUCCUUGGGUACCGAAUUGACAAAUGAUGACGUUGAGAUGAUUCACUCGUUGUGCGACCAAGUUAUGGAAGUGGCUGAAUCUCGUAAUACGCUUCACGAGUAUCUGGUCAAGCGUAUGGUCGCGGUGGCUCCUAACUUGACUGCUCUGGUUGGCGAAAUCCUGGGCGCACGUUUAAUUGCAAGGGCGGGAACUUUGGUGAAUCUCGCUAAGCACCCCGCUUCAACGGUUCAAAUACUUGGUGCAGAGAAGGCGCUAUUCCGCGCUCUCAAGACACGUCACAGUACACCAAAAUACGGUCUACUCUACCAUGCCAGUUUGGUCGGACAAGCUGGGCCAACCAUCAAGGGCAAGAUUUCGCGUAUGUUGGCCGCCAAAGCUGCUCUGUCGAUUCGCCUUGAUGCUCUCGGGGACGAAGACGCUGAUAAUGAAAUGGGUAUUCGAGCUAGGGCUUAUCUGGAGGAACGACUGCGGCAGCUUGAAGCCGGAACCUUCAACCCGCGUAUUUCAAAAAAACGCAAGUUUGACUCCGUGGCUGGGAAUGCAGAUCAUCCGCCGGCAAAGUCCAGGAAAUUGCGAGGCUAG